AUGACACGCCAUAAAAUUGAAAUAUUGUUUUUAUUUUAUUUAUUUCACGACUGUUGGGUGGACAGGAAUACGAGUGACCGAAGACGACACUAUUCUGAAAGACAAGUGAUCGUUUCCGACCCAGGGUUUCAGGGAGACAUCGGCGCGGCGUUUCUAUCUAUCUAUCUAUCUAUCUCUUCAUAUCUAUCUAUCUAUCUAUCUAUCUAUCUAUCUAUCUAUCUCUUCAUAUCUAUCUAUCUAUCUAUCUAUCUAUCUAUCUAUCUAUCUAUCUAUCUAUCUCAGUCUCUUCCUAUCUAUUUCAGUCUUUUCAUAUAUAUAUUUCAGUCAUUAUCUAUCUAUCUAACUAUCUUCAUAUCUAUUUCAGUCUCUUCAUAUAUAUCUCCGUCAUUAUCUAUCUAUCUAUCUAUCUAUCUAUCUAUCUAUCUAUCUAUCUAUCUAUCCCAAUCUUUGCAUAAAAUGUAUCUAGCUUUUCUAUUUCUUCAUCAAUUUUUAGAAAAAUAUCCACAUUUAAUUUUUAAAAAAUUCUCUCAGUCACUUUCUUUCAUUUUUCUUUCUUUUUCCCUAAUUAAAAAAAAAGUAUUUCAGUCACUUUCUUUCUUUCUUUCUUUCUUUCUUUCUUUCUUUUUCAACUUUUUUAUUCUUUCUUUUUCCCUAAUUAAAAAAAAAUAUCUCGAUUUCUUUCUUUCUUUCUUUCUUUCCUUCUUUCUUUCUUUCUUUCUUUCACCAAUUUUCCAAAAUUCUCACGGUUUCAUUUAUUCUUUCGCUCAUUUUGAAAGAUUCUGUUUCAUUCAUUCUCUGACUAAGCAUCAUUUUAAGUACUUUAUCAAUAGAUCCUGUAAUUCCAAACUGUUGUCUUUACAUCUAGAAUUCUUUCUCUCUCUGUCUGUCUGUCUCUCUCUCUCCAUAGCGCCACCCAUCUCAAAGCCUCUUAACCUUUAUACAAUUUAA